AUGUCGCAAAGCAAUCAGGAUCCCGCUCAGAUCGGCGAGGAUGACGUGGGCGAGGCUUUCGGACCUCUGCCAGUUGGCAAGCUCGAGGACUUUGGCAUCUCGAGCUCCGACUGCAAGAAGCUGGCUGAGGCGGGCUACAACACCGUCGAAAGCAUUGCCUUUACACCCAAGAAGCAGCUGCUGCUCGUCAAGGGUAUUUCCGAAGCAAAGGCGGACAAGAUCCUCGCCGAGGCGGCCAAGCUGGUGCCCAUGGGAUUCACCACCGCCACCGAAUUUCACGCGCGCCGAAACGAGCUCAUUUCUAUCACCACUGGAUCCAAGAACCUCGACGCCAUCCUGGGUGGAGGCAUGGAGACCGGAAGCAUCACCGAGCUGUACGGCGAGUUCAGGACGGGAAAGAGUCAGCUUUGCCACACGUUGGCCGUGACAUGUCAGCUACCUGUUGACAUGGGAGGCGGAGAGGGCAAGUGCCUCUACAUUGACACCGAGGGUACCUUCCGACCCGUGCGUCUCCUGGCCGUGGCGGAGCGAUACGGUCUCAACGGCGAGGAGGUGCUCGACAACGUCGCGUACGCGCGAGCCUACAACGCAGACCACCAGCUGCAGCUUCUCAUGCAGGCUUCCGCCAUGAUGGCCGAAUCGCGCUUCUCGCUGCUCAUCGUCGACUCGCUCACAUCGCUCUACCGUACCGAUUUCUCCGGUCGUGGCGAGCUGUCGGCUCGACAGAUGCACCUGGCCAAGUUCCUGCGAGGCCUCAUGCGAUUGGCCGACGAGUUUGGUGUAGCCGUCGUCAUCACCAACCAGGUUGUGGCUCAAGUGGACGGAGCUACCGCGUUCACCGCCGAUGCCAAGAAGCCGAUCGGAGGCAACAUUGUCGCACACGCAUCCACCACGCGCCUGUCGCUGCGCAAAGGACGCGGCAAUCAGCGUAUCUGCCGUAUCGCCGACUCGCCGUGUCUUCCUGAAGCGGACGCUGUCUUUUCGAUCGGCCCCGAGGGUAUCAUCGACCCCGUCGAUUGA